UCAAAUAAUUGUUUUCGUUUUAUUUGGUCAGUGAAUUUAAUUUGGGAUUUGAAUAAAGUUUGAAUUAGAUUUUUUUAUGUAUACUCGUUUUACUCUUAAAGGCCUGUUCUAGUAUUCUGUGUUAAGUUGAUCUUACAACUAUGCCUCCUACGGAGUUAGACGCGCCUGUAGCGGUUAGGCAACAGAAUCCUCGUAACAAUCCAAUUAUGUUCCAAAUAUUUCAAAACGUGCAAUAUAAUGUGGUACAACAUAAAAAGUAUGUGAAGGAGAUGAAAAAACUCUACAGGAAGCUUGACCAAGAUGCAUUCAGGGAAAGUUUCAAAAAUGCUCUUCAUUAUUUAUUUACAUUUGGGGACACAAGUGCAAAUGUGGAUAGAGUUGUCGAGUUUGUCUCUACAUUUUGCACCAAACUUGAUGAUGAAGAAGAAUUUCUUAUGUUUAUCAUUGAAAUUAUUUUUGAUUGUCAAUGUGUAUCAGGGCAGUCUGUAAGAUACAGAGCAAGUCAGCUGCUGGCAGCUGUACUAGCAGCUUUAGGAGAGGAUGCCUCUCUAGAUGAUGAUUUGUGUGACAAACUGCUUCGUUUACAGUUGGAGCGUCUUCAAGACACGCGUAGCGCAGUUCGAUGCAGAGCAGCAUUAGCACUACAAAGACUGCAAAACCCUAUGGAGCCAGAUGAUGAAGUUACUAGGGCAUAUCGCUUCCAUAUGAGCUGUGAUCCUAAUUCCUCCGUGAGAAGAGCGAUAAUAAUGUCGAUAGCCAAGUGCUCGCGUAAUGUGCCGUUUGUUUUGGAGCGACUUUGCGAUGUGGAUGAAGCUGUAAGACGUGCUGCCUUCCUCUACAUAUCAGCCAUUAGCGUCACUCAACUGAAAGUGAGGCAACGUGUUCUUACACUGAAGGUGGGCCUAACUGAACGUAGUUCCCGAGUUCGCCGUGCAGUGGAAGAGAUACUGAUUCCCGGUUGGCUCAGCUCAUUCAAAGGGAAUAUUAUAGAUUUGCUCAAAGCCAUACGCUUGGACAAUGCUCAAGAUACCAAGGAUUCACAAUAUGUAGCGGGGAAGCUCCUGGAAUCACUUUUUGAACGUCUCGAAAUCUCCGAACUUUUGAAAUGGCUUCCUACUGAAAUGUCCCACCGUCUCAUACCAGCUGAAAUGCUGAAUAAGGAGACCGCCUGGUACUGGCGCCAUCUAGCGGAGCAUUUGCAGAAUGACGAAGAAACUCUAGAGACAGUGUUGCCAGAUCUUGUCAAACUUACUGGAUAUAUACGGGCCAUAGUCGAGUCGCCAUGCCCAUCCGAAACGGAAAACCCGAUAAUGUUCAACACUCGUCAGUCGGUACUACAUGAGCUGGCCUGUAUGCUGCGAGUGUACGACGCUAGCGACCCCGCCGGACGGUCAGCGCUUAAGGAUCUUAUAAUUGAUACACUAACUGGCGACUAUGGACCAUUAGACUCUGACGUUAUUCGUGCAUUCGUAUCGGCUCUCGAGAUGGUUGUACCGGAUGUAACUCCGCGCAUUGAAAUUAUAUGCGGCACAGUAUCAGCCUUAGCCACACGGGAGCCGGCUGAAGUUGAGCUGCCUUUACCACCACCGCCUGUUGACUCCACGGAAAUCAAAAUGCAGAGGGCCAGAUUACGCGUAUCUCUAAAUGUUGCGAUAGAAGCGCAAGAAGAAGCGGUAAGAGACGAAAAUUACGCUCUGGCUGCUGAAUGUAAAGCUAAGGUAGCUGAUAUACAAAGAAAAAUUGAAGAGUUAACUGUUCAAGCUCAGCCACCGCCGCCACAACCUUUGGCAACAAUCAAAGAGAAGCAAUGUGAUGCGGAAACUCUAAACAAAUGCCUGAUAAUACUGAACUGUGCUUUGGACACUCCGCAACUGAAAACCAUAACACCGACACUGCAGUUGACAUUUAAUGAACUUGAGGUGGAAAUAUUCCAAAAUCCUGACAUUCGAAAUAAUGCCCUCGAAACUGUAGCACUGUUUGGAAUGCUUGACAAGGAGUUUGCAAAAGAUCAUAAAGCAUUCUUUUUUGCGAACCUAGUGGACCUAACCUUGGAAUCCACAGCGUGUACAGUACUUAAAUGUAUAGUGGAUUUAUUCUGUGUGCACGGUGCACGCGUUUUCGAAGAAGAUAAUGACGCCGUGCGAGACGCAUCCAAAAUCGACACAUCAAGAAAACGGAACACAAAUUCUAUUGAUGUAGUGGAAGCAGAUGGUACUAUAUCUGAGUCCGCUCUAUCUCUUUCGGCACACAGCACUGUGAUUGAACUACUGCUAAAAAUUAUGGAUGACCCCUGUCCGCCAUAUAGACUCAUCAUAGUUGAAGGCCUGUGCCGGCUGAUAUACCUUGGACACUUGGUAUCACCUGCAAUCCUAAGCAGAUUACUAUUACUCUGGUUUAAUCCAGCUACAGUGGAGGAAGAUGUUCUGCGACAGACUAUAGGUAUAUUCUUCCAAACGUUUCCUACUAGCGUAGAUGGGGCUCAAGAACAAAUACAGAAAGCAACUCUACCGACUCUUCGAGCACUUGCCAACGCACCGUCAAGUUCUCCGCUAGCCGAAAUAGAUCAGGAGGCGGUCGUGAGGUUUAUUGUGUCACUUACCAGAGUCAACCAUGAGCUGAUAGAUAGCCAAGGCGCAAUGGCCAUGGUGCUUUGCGGCUACUUGGCCCGUCGGCCAACGUGCCCUGAAUCGGCGCUUGCGUGUCGUAUGUUGGCUCUACUGUCACCACCGCGGGACGCUCUCACGGCCUCCGACCUCGCUAUCACCCUUAGGGACUUAUGUUUGAAAUUACCCGACAAACAGUCAUGUCGUAAUCUAACACGAUAUCUCGGAGCCCUAGAGGAGCGAGCUAGUAUUAGUAAAGCGUCAAGUAUUGGAGUUACUACUGAAGGCACAAUUCAAGCGGAAGAUACUAUAACCCAUAUUGGUCGGAACACUUCGUCUUUACCGCAACCACUAGCCCGAAGCACUCACGUGGUUAUCAACGAAACAGUUCAAGAGGAGCCAGAAAUCGACGAGACUUCCCCCUCUGAUAUUUUAUCAAGAGAAUCUGAAGAAACUCGACCAUCUGAAAUAAGGAAGACUUUACAAGAAGAAUCUGAUACGGAAACUGCAAAUAAAAAAGCAUCGGGUUCUACGUCGGACAGCAGCGGGGUCUCACCUGUUAAGAAAGCAAGAGUCAUUAAAGGAAAGAAAAAGAAGCUAUCUCUGACUAGAAAUAAUAAGAACUCAAAGGAUGAAAGUAAUCCUAGUAAAGCAGCAAAAGAGAAGAUUAACGAUGACCAACAAAUAUCAAAGGGCGUUAAACGAAGCCGCUCUCAGCGUUCCCGAGAGAAUAUGGAGAAGGCUAAAGCAUCUAACAAAUGUAAGACAGAUGAGGCUAGCAAACAAGAUGAAGCCCAAAGAUCCCCGUCACCAGGAGAAAGCCAUUCUAAUGUCACUGUCAGAACAUCGACCCGCGGGGAACUGUCUAGUCCUAGCACAGACUCCAGCGGCUCGAGUAAAACCAAAAAUUUGAAGAACAAAAAAGGAAGCAAAGAAAAUAAAAAAAUAAUAGAGUCACCCCCGCUGGACGACCUUGACGUCACCAACGUCACAGUCCGCAAAUCAACUCGUGGAACGGUGUCAGCUUCGGAUACUGACUCGAGUGGCUCGAAAAAAGGCAAGAAUACUAAAAAAGGAACCAAAAAAGUAGAUGAAAACCGUCGCACGACACGAUCGUCGGUUGGAUCGAGGAGUAGUGCUGGUAGUUUCGUACAAAAUAACUCUGCUGACGAAACAGAAUUACACACCAUCAUCUACGACAAUGACGUUGAGCAAGAGUUGCUCAAUGACUCAAGUGAGCUAGUAGACAGUAAGAAUGUGUCCAAACCUAACGUCACCAUAGACGAGACACCGGAUGCCAGUGAAGAAUCCGAGCCAGAAGAGGUUGUCCCUGUCAAAGGAAAAGGAAAACGUAAAGAAAAGAAGAAAAACUAAUGCAAUCGUUUUAUAAACUCAAAUAAAGUAGCCACCGAUGCAUUUCCAAUA